AUGGUCGCUACGGGUGACCUACACACCGUCCUGCUGAGGAGCGACGGGACGGCCGCGGCCUGCGGCUGCAACGACGACGGGCAGUGCGACGUCCCCGCGCUCGGCGAGGGUCUGACCUACACGCAGGUCGCUGCGGGUCGCGCGCACACCGUCCUGCUGAGGAGCGACGGGACGGCCGCGGCCUGCGGCCGCAAUGUCCACGGGCCUUGCGACGUCCCCGCGCUCGGCGAGGGCCUGACCUACACGCAGGUCGCUGCGGGUCGCGCGCACACCGUCCUGCUGAGGAGCGACGGGACGGCCGCGGCCUGCGGCUGCAACGACGACGGGCAGUGCGACGUCCCCGCGCUCGGCGAGGGCCUGACCUACACGCAGGUCGCUGCGGGUCGCGCGCACACCGUCCUGCUGAGGAGCGACGGGACGGCCGCGGCCUGCGGCUGGUCGGGCAGUGCGACGUCCCCGCGCUCGGCGAGGGCCUGA